CGCACGCGUCGUGUGUCACGGGGCGGGGCGGGGCGAUCGCGGUUCUCCGGGCCUGCCGUCCUGGUUCCGCAGCCCCCGCCACCUCCACUGCCCCGGCGCGGCCCGGCCCGGCCCCAUGUAUCGCGCGCUCUACGCGUUCCGCUCGGCGGAGCCCAACGCGCUGGCGUUCGCCGCGGGCGAGACCUUCCUGGUGCUGGAGCGCAGCAGCGCGCACUGGUGGCUGGCGGCGCGGGCGCGCAGUGGCGAGACGGGCUACGUGCCGCCCGCCUACCUGCGCCGCCUGCAGGGCCUGGAGCAAGAUGUCCUCCAAGCCAUUGACCGGGCCAUUGAGGCUGUGCACAAUGCAGCCAUGCGGGAUGGUGGCAAGUACAGCCUGGAGCAGCGUGGAGUCCUUCAGAAGCUGAUCCACCAUCGGAAAGAGACUCUGUCCCGCAGAGGCCCCUCAGCCUCCAGCCCUGCAGCUAUGACCCCAUCCACCAGUGACCACCAUCUGGACGCUGCUGCUGCCAGGCAGCCCAAUGGGACGUGUCGAGCUGGGUUUGAGCGGCAGCACAGCCUCCCUAGUUCCGAGUAUCUCGGGGCGGACGGAGGCCUCUACCAGAUCCCACCACAGCCUCGCCGAGCAGCACCCGCCAUGCCACCUCCACCUGUGAAGCGCCGAGACCGUGAGGCCCUGGUGGCCUCAGGCAGUGGCGGCCGCAACACCACGCCCUCCGGGGGCAGUUCUGUGUCCAGCGGCUCCUCAGUCAGCAGCACCUCCCUUGACACGCUCUGUACCGGCUCUAGCUCGUCUGAGCUGGGCCCCAGCUGCUCACCCACGCCCCCACCUGUGCCCCGCCGAGGCACUCACACCACUGUGUCCCAAGCUCAGCCCCCUCCCUCCAAGGUGCCAGCCCCUGAGCCCCCUACAGAGGAGGUGGCAGUUGAUACAACCUCAGCCCCUGAUGAGCUGGAGGCCCUGGGUGCGCUGGACCUGGGGACUACAGAGGAGAAGGUGGUGGCCGAGACUGCUGUGCCCAAGACCAUCGGGGCAGAGCUGAUGGAGCUCGUGCGGAGAAACACCGGCCUGAGCCACGAGCUAUGCCGUGUGGCUAUUGGCGUCGUGGUGGGUCACAUCCAGGCCUCUGUGCCGGCCAGCUCGCCUAUCAUGGAGCAGGUCCUCCUCUCGCUGGUAGAGGGCAAGGACCUGAGCACUGCCCUGCCCUCAGGGCAAGUCUGCCAUGACCAGCAGCGGCUGGAGGUGAUCUUUGCAGACCUGGCUCGGCGCAAGGACGAUGCCCAGCAGCGCAGCUGGGCCCUGUACGAGGAUGAAGGGGUCAUCCGCUGCUACCUGGAGGAGCUGCUACAUAUUCUGACGGAUGCAGACCCCGAAGUUUGCAAGAAAAUGUGCAAGAGAAAUGAGUUCGAGUCUGUCCUGGCCUUGGUGGCCUACUACCAAAUGGAGCACCGGGUGUCCCUGCGGCUGCUGCUCCUCAAGUGCUUUGGCGCCAUGUGCAGCCUGGAUGCAGCCAUCAUCUCCACGCUCGUGUCGUCUGUGCUGCCUGUGGAGCUGGCACGGGACAUGCAGACAGACACGCAGGAUCACCAGAAACUCUGUUACUCCGCCCUCAUCCUGGCCAUGGUCUUCUCCAUGGGGGAGGCAGUGCCAUAUGCGCACUAUGAGCACCUGGGCACACCCUUUGCCCAGUUCCUGCUGAGCAUCGUCGAGGAUGGGCUGCCCCUGGACACCACAGAACAGCUGCCCGAUCUCUGCAUGAACCUGCUUCUGGCUCUCAACUUGCACCUGCCAGCCCCUGACCAGAACGUCAUCAUGACCGCCCUGAGCAAACACUCCAACGUCAAGAUCUUCUCCGAGAAGCUUCUCUUGCUCCUGAACAGAGGAGAUGACCCCGUGCGCAUCUUCAAACAUGAGCCGCAGCCGCCACACUCCAUCCUCAAGUUCCUACAGGACGUGUUCGCCAGCCCUGCCACGGCUGCCAUCUUCUACCACACAGACAUGAUGGCACUCAUUGACAUCACUGUGCGCCACAUCGCGGACCUGUCGCCCGGAGACAAGCUUCGCGUAGAGUACCUCUCCCUGAUGCACGCCGUCAUCCGCACCACACCCUACCUGCAGCACCGCCACCGGCUGCCCGACCUGCAGGCCACACUGCGCCGCAUCCUGACUGAAGAGGAAGCCUCGCCCCAGGGCCAGAUGGACCGCAUGAUUGUCCGAGAGAUGUGCAAGGAAUUCCCGGUGCUGGGCGAGGACCCCAGCUAGCGCCUUCCUCCCCUCCCUUCCCUGCAGCCCCGGUCAGGGUGCAGGGGACGCGGAGGCUUGGCCCUAAGCAUGUUUUGCACAGACGGUGUGGGGGAGGUGGUGGUGGAAGGGACCUGAGCAGGGCCCCCACCUGAAGUAGAGCCAGUGCCAGGGGCCAAGUGUGGGAUUGGGGACCACGCUCUGGGAGCUAUGCUGGGGCAGAGGGCCUGUGUGAGCUAAAGCCCCUCCAUCUCCCGGUAGGCUGCCUCUUCAGCAUGCCCCCUCCCCCCCCCAGCACAAACACACACUCAGAGUCCCGCUGCUGCUCCGGGCUGGGCUAGAGCCGCCAUCCCUGUCCUGCCUCGUCUGGGUCCUGGGCCUCAGCAAGCCAUGUCUUUGGGGUGAGGGGAGCCACCUUCCGCCAGCUGUUCUUUGCCUUAGCUUUGCCGUGAGUGCUUCUCCUGUGCUCCCCGCUCCCCGUGGGGGUUGCUUUCCCUUGCUCCCACCCCCAGGGGUCUUGGCCAAGCUCCUGCUUUAAAGCAGAAUCUUAGAGACAGGCCAUCUAUUCUGGAGCCUCACAGAAUAGGGUGAUGGCACUCAGAAAGCCAAUGACAGAAUAUUUUCUCUGUAAAAAUGUAGACUGAAAAGCCAUGUGUAUUUUCCCGUGUGCUGCAGCUCACCUUCGGAAAUAAAUCACAGGCAUCCAGAAACAGGCUCCCCUGUAUGAUCCUGGGUUGUUGUGGGAGAGGAUGGGCAGGGACGCUGGGGCCUCAGGACCUUGUCACUUGCUUGCCCUGAUCUCUCCAGUGUAAGGAGGGGGUGGUCCCUGAUAGGUCUGUCCAUCAAAGUUCCUUGAGCCCUGUUCCAGCUUCUCUCCCUGAGUUCCUGCUUCUGGGCCAAGCCAAGUGCCCUGUGGUCCGUUUGUGGGCGACUGCCCUCCCAGACUUCACUUACAUCUUUCUUUGCUUUGAAUGCUGAGUCUCUCCCCUGUUGAAAGCCUCUCCUUCAUAGCUGCUCUCAAAUGAAGCAGGCCCCACCCCAGCCUCAGCCUCCCUCCCUGCCUGUCCAGCUCUGUUCCCUUUCUCAUUUGUCAGUGGGUCCAACAAGAGCCCCUCAUUUUGCAGCCUCAGCAGAGAUUUGGCCAUUACUGUAGGGCAAGGAGAGUAUCUCAACAGCUGUGGGGUUUAGUUGGCACUACUGUUUGAGGAGAAUUAGGGACCGUUUGGCAAAAACUUCAUUUUCCUUGUGGGCUCCCAAGUUAACAAAGGUUCUCGCCAUAAAUGGGGGGAGGAGAGUCAGGAACCCACAGACAGACAUCAGUCAGAAGUGGUUUUCAUCAGUUCCCUUUGGUUUUUGACCCAGGACGAUCCUCAUAAGACCCUUCCACGUGUCCAGAGUUCCCGAUACUGUGACUUCCAGUCAUAACUUUUCCUUUUUCAUUGGGGGGCUGAAGGCAGAAGGCUGUUCUGUUAUUUUCUCAACAGGACUGUCUAAUCCAGCAAGAAGCACAGAGAGGUCAGGGCUAGGGGUGGGGUCCCCUGAAAACAGGUCCUCAGGAAGCUGAGGCAGGAAUAUUUGACAGGGAACUAAGCACUGAUGAGAACUGAUGAGGGAACUAAGCACUCAUGGCUGAUGAGAUGUCCUUCCUUAACUGCUGACUCGGGUUAAAUGCACAGGCUCCCCUGCUGGACCUGAAGAGAGGCUGACAAAAUGCCCCCCAGUAAAGCUGUGUGGCACAGCCUGGUCGCUUUUCAUCCCAGAGCCAUUCUGCCUUUCCCUUCACAUCCAGAGUCAGUGACACUGACUUCCGGCCAUGACUCCUUCCUCACUGGAGUGCUGAGAGAACCAUGAUUCUCCUCCUGAGAUAGUGUAAUUGAGUGAAAAGCACAGGUCCUGUGACAGCCCCCAUGCCUUGCUCUGUUCCCUGUUUUGCGCACACACACACACUGGAAGGGCAGGGCUGUGCUGUGCCAUCUGUCCCCAUGCUGGCACCUAUGAUGAGCAAAGUAGGGCCCCAUGGCAUGAGGAUCAGAAGGCCCUGCCGGUUUCUGUAUGAUUGUCCAAGAGGCCCUGGCACGUGUUUGUAAGGGAUGCGAGAGCCCCAGGUGACAAAGUUACAUACUGGCCUCUGGCAGCAAACAGAUGCUGUGAGAGGGUGCAGACCUCCAGGACCCACUCAGCAGAUACCCUGAUGGUGCUCUCACAACACAAAAUUAGAACCACAGAGGGAAAUAUGAUUAGCCAGAGAGUUCCUCAGUGAGGAAACUCUUUGAGAAAACACCCCUUUGGCUGCUUGGAAGGAUGGUAAAUGUGGGAUAUGGUGAGCAAAAGAAAGGGCAGAGGGAGACAACUAA